GAGCCUUCCUCCCACGCGCGCUGAGGCAGCGGUGGAUCCUGGGAAGUGCAGUUGUCGGGGCCCGCGGCCUGGUCCGGGGGUUCCGGAAGGCGCCGUUUGGACUCCAGGACGCCCGGUGGGGUCUGGGCUUCUUGGGCCGUAGGUAGGGGAAGGCGCCCAACCCGCCUUCGCCGGGAUCACCCCGCCUGCCGCCAGGGCCCUAACCGUCUGGAGCCCGGAGCCCACGCUGCCGGAAUCGCAGAGGAAAGGCAGUCCUGUGGCCCCGGCAAAGGAGCAGGUGUAGGGGUGCAGGUCAGGCUGGACUCCUGGCCUGAGGGGGGCCCUGGCGGGCGCCCCGGCUGCAGUGGUCCGAGCCCCCGUGUGACGAGGCGGGUGGAUGUGGAGCGACGGGAACCCCCUGAGGCGGGACCCGGUUCCUGGCGCCCGGCCCGCAGGAGCCAUGUCUCAGGGGCCAGUGACAUUCAGAGACGUGGCCAUAGACUUCUCCCAGGAGGAGUGGGCAUGGCUUCGGCCUGCUCAGCGAGACCUCUACCGGCACGUCAUGCUGGAGAACUACGGCCACCUGGUCUCCCUGGGUCUUAACAUUUCCAAGCCAGAUGUGGUUUCCUUACUGGAGCAAGGGAAAGAGCCCUGGCUGGGGAAAGGAGAUGUGAGAACAGAUUUCUUUUCUGUUUCAGAGUCAAAUAGCGAGAUCAGCAAGUUUUCUCCAAAAAAUGUCAUAAAUGAAGAUGACUUAUCCCAGUAUUUGAUAAAGGAAAAUAAUCUGAGCCAAGGCCCUGAACAUUCCAGUUCUAAAGGAGGCUGGAAAUACGAAGACGUUACUGAGAUGCUACAAAGAAAUCAGGGAUGUAUCAGGCAAGUGACAGUCUCUCGUCAAGAAGCCCUGACUCAGCAUAGUGUCAGUACCGUGGAGAGGCCCUAUGGGUGCCAUGAAUGUGGAAAAACUUUCAGUCGGCGCUUUUCCCUGGUGUUACAUCAGAGGACUCACACAGGAGAGAAACCAUAUGUAUGUAAGGAAUGUGGCAAAACCUUUAGUCAGAUCUCCAACCUUGUGAAACAUCAGAUGAUACACACUGGAAAGAAACCCCAUGAGUGUAAGGACUGUAGUAAAACAUUCAGUUACCUUUCAUUCCUCAUUGAACACCAGAGAACACAUACUGGGGAGAAACCCUAUGAAUGUACUGAAUGUGGGAAGGCCUUUAGCCGUGCCUCAAACCUCACUCGACAUCAGCGAAUUCACAUAGGAAAGAAACAGUAUUUAUGUAGGAAAUGUGGGAAGGCCUUUAGCAGUGGUUCAGAACUCAUUCGUCAUCAGAUUACACAUACUGGAGAGAAACCUUAUGAAUGCAUUGAAUGUGGGAAGGCGUUUCGCCGUUCUUCACACCUUACCCGACAUCAGAGCAUUCAUACUACCAAAACCCCCUACGAGUGUACUGAAUGUAGGAAAGCCUUCCGUUGCCACUCCUUCCUUAUUAAACAUCAGAGAAUUCACGCUGGAGAGAAGCUCUAUGAAUGUGAUGAAUGUGGCAAAGUUUUCACUUGGCAUGCAUCCCUCAUACAACAUAUGAAAAUUCAUACCGGAGAAAAACCCUAUGCCUGUACUGGAUGUGACAAAACCUUUAAUCGGAGCUUUUCCCUCAUUCUACAUCAGAUAACUCAUACUGGGGAGAGGCCCUAUGUAUGUAAGGUGUGCAAUAAAUCCUUCAGCUGGAGCUCAAACCUUGCCAAACAUCAGAGAACACACAGUCUAGAAAAUCCCUGUGAAUAUGAAAAUUCAUUUAGUUACCACUCAAUCCUUACUGAACACCAGGGAAUUCCUACUGGUGAGAAAACCUAAGGAUGUUUGCAUUUAAAAAUAUAGCAGCUAAUGCCUUACUUUGAUUUCAGAGCCUUAUGUGAAUAUGUUGAAAUAUGAAGACAUGUGAUCCAUGCUUGGAGAAAAAAUCCAGGAAUAUGUGGGAAAGCCAUUAAAGCUUCCUUUUUUUUUUUUUUUUUUUUUGAAAUGUUAGAGAGUGCAGUCACUCAAUAUGUAGAAGACUCUUCCUCUGCUAGGAUUUCCUUACUCUACAGUUAUAAAUUCCUGCUAGGAAAGGGAUAGAUACAAGUCCAAUGCAAGUGAGAAAGCUUUUAGUUAGAGAUUAGCUCUCGUCCUGCAUUUGUCAGUUCCAGCACGACAGAAUGCAUGGGUGAAGGCGCGCUUUUUCCUGGACAUCACAAAAUUCAUAAUGCAGCAGUCAUACAUACAAGCAGGGAUUUGGGAAUGCCUUCAUGUACCAUGCAAUCUUUAUUAAAUUUUAAAAUACUCUUUUAAGGAGAAAAAUCAACCUAUAAAUGGAUUGAUUAUAGGUUGACUUUAUGCAAAAUUUAAAAUGUAUAGACUUAUAUGGGGGGCACCAUUAUAAUGGGUAGAGGAAAACCUUGGAGUUCUGGGAAGUCCUGGAGGAAAUACCAGUGUGGGAAUUUUUUUUUUUUUUUUUUAAUUACAGAGGGAAUCUUUGUUUUGCUUUUUUUUUUUUUUUUUUUUUAAAAAAGCAUAUUCAAAAGAGCUAUAAAUAAAUCUUUUUGAUUUAUAGUUAAUCUGAUAUUUGCUGAGUUUCCCCCCCAUUUCAUAUAUGAUUCUGAAAAUGCAACUCUCACAAUAUUGACAUCAGCAAGAGGAAUGUGUUUUGUGGAAACAUACACAAUCGUAGGAACAUUUUUAGGUGUCUUAUGGUUUUAACUGAGAUAGUGUUUGGAUUUAAGGUUAUGCUAACUCAUGUUUAUCCUUGAAUCUGACUAGACUUGUCUUAGUCAGAAAUAAAUGUAAGUUAUAUCACAGGAAAAUGCCAAGGUAGUUUUCCUCUUUUGUUGCAUUUACAGUGAGAACAUUUAUUUUGUAAGUCCAUACUUGUGAAAAUAAAUCAUAUUAUGUUCACUU